UGGAAGGCAGUCCAAGUAUCUGCGAGAAGUCUUCUGCAAAUUGUUUAUGUUGUGCCAAUCCAGGACACAUUGAAGAAGGAAGCAAGACUUAAACUGGGCUUUCCUCCUACUGAUCCUGGGGAGUAAAGUCAUCAUCAUCAUCAUCAUCAAGGAGUGAGAAAGAGAGGAUAAAGAAUAAUAAUAAAAACAAAAACAACAACAAAAAAAAGAACCCUGACAAUUCCUUUAUUUGAACCCCUUGGUUGUGCCCAAAAUUGUUUUAAUGUUUGGGAUUCAGGAAAAUAUACCAAGAGGUGGGACCACCAUGAAAGAGGAACCGCUGGGAGGUGGGAUGAAUCCAGUCCGAUCAUGGAUGCAUACAGCAGGGGUAGUGGAUGCUAACACAGCAGCCCAAAGUGGUGUGGGUCUGGCUCGGGCACAUUUCGAGAAGCAGCCUCCUUCCAACCUCAGGAAAUCCAAUUUUUUCCACUUCGUGCUAGCUCUGUACGACAGGCAGGGACAGCCAGUGGAAAUUGAGAGGACAGCUUUUGUGGACUUUGUGGAGAAGGAGAAAGAGCCAAAUAGCGAGAAAACUAACAAUGGGAUUCACUACAAACUGCAAUUAUUAUACAGUAAUGGAGUUAGAACAGAACAAGAUCUUUACGUUCGAUUAAUAGAUUCGAUGACCAAACAGGCGAUUAUCUACGAGGGGCAAGACAAAAAUCCAGAAAUGUGCAGAGUCCUCCUGACACACGAGAUCAUGUGCAGUCGAUGCUGCGACAAGAAAAGUUGUGGCAACAGAAACGAAACCCCUUCCGAUCCUGUUAUCAUCGACAGAUUCUUCCUAAAGUUUUUCCUCAAGUGUAAUCAGAACUGCCUGAAGAAUGCAGGAAAUCCAAGAGAUAUGCGAAGAUUUCAGGUUGUUGUAUCAACAACAGUCAAUGUUGACGGACAUGUUCUGGCUGUCUCAGACAACAUGUUUGUACACAACAAUUCCAAACACGGAAGACGUGCUCGUCGCCUUGACCCCUCAGAAGGUACGGCCCCUUCUUAUCUGGAAAAUGCUACCCCAUGUAUAAAGGCAAUCAGUCCAAGCGAAGGGUGGACCACUGGUGGAGCUACGGUCAUCAUUAUUGGAGAUAACUUCUUUGAUGGCUUACAAGUGGUGUUUGGAACCAUGUUAGUGUGGAGUGAGCUGAUAACACCCCAUGCGAUCAGAGUUCAGACCCCACCAAGGCACAUUCCUGGCGUUGUUGAAGUAACUCUUUCCUACAAAUCCAAGCAGUUCUGUAAAGGUGCUCCUGGAAGGUUUGUCUACACUGCUCUGAAUGAACCAACCAUAGACUACGGAUUCCAGAGAUUGCAAAAAGUCAUACCAAGGCACCCGGGAGAUCCAGAACGGUUACCAAAGGAAGUAUUACUAAAGAGGGCAGCAGACUUAGUAGAAGCUCUGUAUGGAAUGCCACACAACAACCAGGAGAUCAUCUUGAAACGAGCAGCCGACAUUGCUGAAGCAUUAUACAGCGUGCCACGGAACCACAACCAGAUUCCCUCGCUUGCCAACACUCCAUCGCACAGCGGUAUGAUGGGAGUAAACUCCUUCAGCAGCCAGCUAGCAGUUAAUGUUUCAGAAACAUCCCAAGCUAAUGAUCAAGUGGGAUACAGUCGCAACACAAGCAGUGUUUCUCCUCGAGGAUACGUUCCCAGCAGCACUCCUCAGCAAUCCAAUUACAACACAGUCAGCAAUAGCAUGAAUGGCUAUGGAAAUGCAGGAAUGCCUAAUUUAGGAGUCCCUGGAUCACCCGGGUUCCUCAAUGGUUCCUCAGCUAACUCUCCUUAUGGCAUAGUGCCGUCAAGCCCUACAAUGGCAGCCUCUUCGGUCACUCUCCCUUCAAACUGUAGCAGUACACACGGCAUUUUCUCAUUCUCACCUGCCAAUGUCAUCUCCGCAGUAAAACAAAAGAGCGCCUUUGCUCCCGUUGUCAGGCCCCAAGCUUCCCCUCCACCAUCUUGUACCAGUGCAAAUGGAAAUGGACUUCAAGACAUGUAUUUCAGUCCCACUUUCUCAAAAUCUUGAAAUUGGUAAAGAUAGAACAAGUCCUGCCUAAUCUAUGUCCGGUCUUGUAGUUCCACCAAUGUAAAAGUCACUUUUGUCUACUUGCUUGUAGCAUCGAGCUUCAGAAGAAAGCUUCAGGGGACACAUUUAGUGUAUUAAGGAAUACACAAGGAAAACUGUAUCUUCAGAGCAAAACCACCGAGGAGUGACAUGCUACAAGUACUUUGUUUAAAGAUUUUAUUUGAACUAUUAGAAACCAACACGCAAACGAGCAACUUCUUCAUGGACAAUUCCAUUUUAUCGAAAAGGACUUUUCUCACGUUUUCACGUUUCUUGAAUCCGAAGAAGAUGGGGAAAAGCAAACGCCUAUUUUGUAUAAAGUUUCCGAUUACGUCUUGGCUCUGUCUAGUACUUGCUAUGUGUUGGGAGAACCUUUGUGGAUGCACCAUUUUGAUUUUCAUGAAACACUGAUGAAAAAUGCCUCAGAACAUUUUUCAAUACUCAUUAUUAGACUCACAAUGGUUGUGUAUCUCUAUAAUGUGAAAUAUUUUUUUUUUUUUUUUUUUUUUUUUGUGGUGAAAAAGGGGGCCAAGGAGGUAUGAGCCAUCAAACUGGAAAAAAAAAUACAAAAAAAAAAUAAAUAUAUGAAUCAUUUAAAUCGGGGGGAAGUAGGGUGGGGGAAAAGGGUUAGCCAUUGCUUACCUUCAUCUUAAGGAAAUGGAACUUUGUAACUUAUUGUAGUUAGAAAUUGUAACUUUGAUAUUGAAUUCUCUUGCCUUCAACAAGCACACUGACAGAGGAAAAUGCUACUGUCUGUUGGUUCAAAUAUACUUCCACUGCUAGAGCUUCCUGUAUAAGCAAGUGUGAUCUGCAACAUUUUUUCAACUUAUUGCUGGCACUGUAUACUAUUGCAUUCUUAGGCUACUGUGAAGUCUAUGUUUCUUGUACCAGAAAAUUGUCCUUUUGACUUCUAGAACCUUAUUCCCUAAUGUGUUUUGUAUGUGGUUAUAAAAUUGUAGACUUUUGUGAUUUUGCCAAAGUUGUAGCUAAAUAUUUAUACACUUGUCUUGAAUUUUUUUUUUUUUUUGUUUUGUUUUUUUUUUCAGAUCCACUUUAAAAUGACAAAAGCAAAUUUUAUUCUUUAUUUUAGCUGGUAAGGAAUAAAAUUGUCUUAUCCAUCGAGACACUUUCUUUCACGUGAACACUUGCAGUCACUAAGGGAAUUUAUUUUGUAACAUAUCAAUUAUAAAUAUUGUAUUUAUCUUUGAAAUUUUUGUAUAUUGCUUUCCAUCCUUUUUAUUUUAUGUUCUUGUAUGUACUGUUUUUGUUACGGGCUGGUGUUUAUGUGCUGGAAGCAGCAUUAAGCCAAGAAAGGUUGCCUUCAUACUGUAUGUUCUUUUUAAUGAAUUAUAGUGUCCAUACAUUUCAUUUGUAUUUUCAGAAAUGUGCUAUUGUUUAGACUUUCCGUCUUUUUUUAUUAUUAUUUUGAGGAAAAGUCAAAAGUCAUUGUUUAUUUUUAUAUUAUUUUUAAGUUAUCUGAACAAAUGAUUUUGAAUAAAAGUUGUUUGUUGUAUAGUCAAAACAAAAUUGUGCCACAUGGCUGUAAUUAAUAUUAGUAGAAAAAUGUGCAUGAUAUCCAUCCACAAAUAAAUGAAUUUUGUGGCUUUUUAAUUAUUUUAUUUUUUUUUUACAUUUUUUUUUUUUAGAAUGUAAAUGUCAUUUUUAGCUGCCACUCAUGACUUGCCACAUAGCUAAAACUGUGUUUUCUGGACAAAAUCAGAGGCCUAAAUUUGAAAAAUGAAAACUCACUUAAUAUUUUAAUUAAAGGUUUGCCACAUUCAUUUUUUCCGAUGCCUUAAAAUAUUUUUUUUUCUUAAAUAUUUUUUUGUGCUAUCGUAUCACAAACUUUACACCACAAAUUUGAAUCAUCAUUUAGAUGAUUUACGGUGUGAAAUAAAGGAAAAAAAAAAAAAGAGAGAAAAAAAAAAUGAAAAAGAAAGCACAAUUCCAGCGUACAAUGUCGCUCCUUUUUUCUGCAAUCGUUUUCUGCUGCACUCUGCAGUUCCCUCUUCCUUGCACUGUUUAAAAGGUUUCAUAUAAAUUCAUGGUUAUACACAACUUUUUAUAUAUUUUUUAACAGAAGUUUUUGUAGCGAGACCCAGUAGUAAAGACCGCAAUUUUUAAAUUUGAAUGAUCUCCUUGGUAUAAUACGACGGAUAGUGCCAAAAUCCAUAGUUUAUAAUGGUGACAGAACGGAUUAUUUUUCUUUUUUUUUUUUGCACUAAAAUACAUCGCUUUAGAAGCGGUGUAGAACACUUUGCAAACUGCAGCAGAAUUAAUUCUCUAAAUGAAAAGGAGAGACUGUUUUUUUUUUUUUCUUUCUAGGCAAAAUGCACAUUUUAGCAAGGUGUUUUUAUAUAGUGAAAGCUAUUAUAUAAACACAGAUUCUAAAUGCAUUGCACAUUUAUUUUAUUAAAGCCGACGAGGCUUAAUGACGUGGGAAAACCUGAACAGACACUUUUGAAACAUGGAAUGGCCUCGUUUUUAUUUUGUAUAGAAAAGGUUCAAAUUAAAAAAAAAAAAAAAAGAAACAAAAGAGGUCAUGUGUACAUGUUAAAACAUUUGCAAGUUUCUUCAUAAAUGCAAUCUGUUUUGUGUUUUAGACUAGUUAGUCAAUGCACUCAUUGAUUCAUCGUCUCCAGACUGAACGCUUCACUAAAUGGUAGAUUUUACUGUUAAAGACCCUACAAUAAGAUUGUUUUAUCUGUACAUUUUUUCAGAUAUUUAACUGUAUAAAAUGUUCAUUUUACACAAUAUUUAAUUAAAGUAUUUCUUGUCUGUGAAUUUCACUUUUAGUAAUUUUAUCUGAAGUUUGAUUAUUAAAAAAAUUUGCAAAACACCAAAAUCAAA